UAGUGUUAUCUGUGGUUAUUACCAUUUAACACUGCACAGCGCGUAUUUCAGGGCGUUUCAGGGAGUUGCCGGACAGAGAUGAGUAUUCGUUGGCGGUAGAUAAGUGGCGAAGGAAGGUGACAGUAGGGUGUAUGUCAACGUGGUCUGAGCGUGGCUGUAGAACCAUCAGUUUCUAAUGGACAGCACAGGAAAGAAAGUUAUUGUAUGUGACAAUGGAACGGGGUUUGUCAAGUGUGGCUAUGCAGGAUCUAACUUCCCAGCUCACAUUUUCCCUUCCAUGGUUGGGCGACCCAUCAUACGAGCAGUUAAUAAGAUUGGUGACAUAGAAGUGAAGGAUAUGUAUGUCAAAGACUUGAUGGUUGGUGAUGAAGCCAGUAAGCUUAGGUCCAUGCUGGAAGUGAACUACCCCAUGGAAAAUGGAAUAGUUAGAAACUGGGAGGACAUGUGCCAUGUGUGGGAUUAUACGUUUGGUCCUGAGAAGAUGAACAUUAAGCCCCAGGAAUGCAAGAUCCUGUUAACUGAACCACCAAUGAACCCUACAAAAAACAGGGAGAAGAUGAUUGAGGUGAUGUUUGAGAAGUACCAGUUCGCUGGAGCAUACAUAGCAAUUCAGGCGGUUCUCACUUUGUAUGCACAAGGUCUGUUGAGCGGUGUCGUCGUGGAUUCAGGUGACGGCGUCACACACAUCUGUCCAGUGUAUGAAGAAUUUGCUCUUCCUCAUUUAACCAGGAGGUUAGACAUUGCAGGGAGAGACAUCACUCGAUAUCUUAUCAAGCUGUUGCUGUUGAGAGGGUACGCUUUCAACCAUUCAGCAGACUUUGAGACUGUCAGGAUAAUGAAGGAGAAGCUGUGCUACAUUGGAUAUAAUAUAGAAACAGAACAAAAGCUGGCUCUCGAGACAACUGUUCUUGUGGAACCUUACACACUACCAGAUGGGCGCGUGAUUAAGGUUGGUGGGGAGAGAUUUGAGGCACCAGAAGCCUUGUUUCAGCCACAUCUUAUAAAUGUUGAAGGACAAGGCAUUGCAGAAUUGGUAUUUAACACAAUUCAAGCUGCGGACAUUGACAUGCGAACUGAGCUGUACAAGCAUAUUGUGUUAUCUGGGGGCUCAACUAUGUAUCCUGGAUUACCAAGCAGACUGGAGCGCGAGAUCAAGCAGCUGUACCUGGAACGAGUGUUGAAGAAUGAUAUAGACAAGCUAUCGAAAUUUAAAAUUCGCAUUGAAGACCCUCCGCGGCGUAAGGACAUGGUAUUCAUCGGUGGCGCUGUUUUGGCUGAAGUGAUGAAGGACCGGGACUCGUUUUGGGUGUCCAACGAAGAAUAUCAGGAGAAGGGUGUUGGUGUGCUCAAGAAGCUGGGAACCAGAGCCAGCUAAAAUGACAUAUACAAACAGUCGUUUUUCUGAGUAGAUGAUUGUAAACUUGCACAACUUGAAUCUUUUUUAUAUAAAACUUGUGUUGCAUUGCCUGCAUUAGCAUCCCUUAUCUGUAAAUAGCACACUUAUACUUAUCAACAGUAUCACAAACUUGCACAAUUAUGCAGUUUGGUGUGUCACUGAAUGUUUAGGAUUUUACAUAGGUAAUGAAACCAGUCUUCAUUAUGUAUGCAGAACCUGAACAGAUACCAGGAAAGCAGAGCGGUUACCUCACUUCUUUAAAGUCUAUGUGGUAAUGUGUAAAGACACUACAUAAUUGAUUGACAGUAGAGACUUUUUUUCAAAAUUGUAAGUUCAAACAAUUUAGGUAAUUAUUAUAUAAUUGUUCUCCUAUCUACAAAAAUUGGUCUUAAGUGCUUUUGCAAAUAUUUAUCUGUGUUAAAGAUGCUACUUUACAUUUAUCUUGAUAAACUGAAGAAGAAUGUUUAUGAAGGUGAAAAAGUCACUUGAAUGUGUGGCUUUAUGUUAAUGCAUUUAAAAGCACACUGUAAUAAAAUGCCAGAGUUCUGCAUUGUCUGAAGAAGGAGUGAUGUGCUAAACUAGAGAUUUCCUGUGCUGGCAGUAUUAAAACCUACCCAGUAGAUGGAAAGACCGUGAUUGUGACAGCGAAUGUGUAGAGAAGUACUGUCAAAAAUUCUUUUCUGCAUGAUUCCCGAGUUUUUUGACGUAUUUUCAAUUGAGGAUUCUUCUACAUACUGUAAGACUAACUUCCCAAGGGAAAUUGUUCCUGAACCAAUUCAACCUCUGUCUGUUCUAAAAUCCCCUGUUAUGAAGAAAGAUUCUUCACGAUCAUCACGUGGGUCUACCAGUUGGAACCUGUGCAGAGCCAUUUCCUUUCUGUUUUGCUGUUUGAUUUGCACACCUAAAAAGUGACCAUCUACUGGGAAUCAGAAGUAACAGAACUUGGUAGUACUGGCAGUAUAUAUGUGCUUAAAUCUACACAAAAUUCAUGCAUGGAAACAUGUUUUUUUAUCAUCACGCAUUUAUAUCAGUCAUUUUCAUUACCCCAAAGCCCAUCUGUGUUUUCGCACCACUGAAACAUUCCCAUUGGCUGUAUCCAAGUAGUCACUCGCUGACUCAAAGCUUAUAGUAAAGUUUAUAUUGUUCUGCAGUCUGUUGCAGUAAGAUAAAACUGGCUGUAGCAUUAGACCUUGAAAUUUAGUUUGCACUGAAUGUUCACACGAGCUACUCGGGCACCCACCGCCUAGUGCAUCAUGUGGCCUGGAAACGUGUAAAAUAUUGUAAUUGUGCAAGUGGAAGUGAAGUGCUUCUGACUUGUGAGUCUGAUGGGAGUGAUUUUCUUCUGUGAUUAACUUGGUAAGGAAAUUGAAGAAGAAACAGAUUGUUGCAAGAGCAAAGAGACCCAGGUUGUGAGAAUUUUCAACACGUACCCAAACCUGAUGAUGGCCACAUUGGGCUGAAAGUUGAUCUUAAAAAGAAUAAAACUGUGAACACUUUGUAAAAGUGACUGACAGGAAUUGGACAUAACGCAUCUGGAUGCUACGCUACAAACUUAAUAAAUAUAAUUAUAUCAGAUUAAAUUUCACAUUCUUCUUAACAUUGCCAGAAAAUUUCAUAAAAUUCUUUUCAACAGUUUUUAAAAUAGGUGAAAAUUAAAAUUUCUCUGUAAACAUACUCCAUCACGGUUGAGGGGUCUUUUAAGUACCACUACAGUGUGUAACUGGUUGGGAUUUCAGAUACCGAUUUGAAGGGUUAAAGCUUCCAGCUAAAAGAGCAAACAUUACCUAUGAUACAAAGAUGUUCUUCCUUUCCCUUUCAAGUGUUUACUAUAAGUAACUACCUAAAUUUGAAGAUGAAAUUAGAAUUAUAAUUCUUAUAGGUUUGGAUUCUUAAUAAACAGAUUUUUUUACUGUA